ACGUACGUAAACAAACCAUCUCAUGCAAAAUAGUCAGCACAGUUUGCUGCGGGCUAGCUAACAGCAGCAAUAUAGUCCAUGACUGAACAUAUGUACAUUUCCCGAAAAUGAAGACUGCAUUGCGGUGGUAAAUAUAUCCGUAACAUUUACAAUAAGUAGUGAACUCAGACUCGAUGCCAAUAGCCAGAAGAGCUAUAAUUUAGCUAGCGCUUGAACCGCAGUUCCAUCAUCAUGGCAUCCUCACUGCGAAGCGAAGUCCGCUCUGGCGAAGGGACUUUGGGAGCGCUGCCCGGGGCUCGGUCACAGCUUCGCUCGCACCUCCUACACGCCACAAACACCACAGGUUCCCCUGGGUCUCAAAUGGUGGAGUCUGUGGACGAUGCGGAGGGUUUGUAUGUCGCCGUGGAGCGAUGUCCUCUCUGCAACACCGCCAGGCGCAGGCUGACGUGCGCCCGAUGCAUCCAUGCAGGCGAUUUUAUAUACUUCGACGGUAGAAACCCUGAACGAUACACUGACAAAUUGGAAAGACUUAAAAUGCUGAAGGUGGAGAAAGAACGUUUCCAACACAUGGUCAUUACAGCCAUGGACAAGAAAGUCCAGGCAGAUCAGCUGAAAUGGAAGAUCAUGUCAUGCAAGAUGAAAAUAGAGCAGCUGAAGGAGGCUAUUGGUUGUGGGAAUGAAGAGGUGAAAAGUGGUAAGGACCUGCUGCUUCACUCCCAAGAGGAGAGCCAGAGGCUGCAGCGGCGGGCCAGCCGCCAUCAGGAGAAGAGGGACAAGAUAGAGAGACACAACCUGCGGCUGGGAGAGCUGCUGGAGAAGAGGGGCAAGGAGCUGCAGGGUCGUCUGGAGCACCUGGCUGAGGUCCGCAGAGGACACAUCCUGGAGCUCACCGCUCACAUCUUCCCCACACAGGAGGAGAAACAGGGUAGCAGGGACCCAGCAGACGUGUUGUCGGAGUGUGACUUGGCCCUGACCUCCAGCACAGUGAGUGAGUUGGCUGAGGCCCGCCGCACCACCUACCUGUCAGGGCGCUGGAUCUGGGAUGACCAGAAUGGAGAGACCUCCAUUAGCAUCACUGGACCCAGGGUCACGCUGCCUAGCAACGGGGACUGCUCCCCCUAUUACAGCUGGGUGGAGGAGAAGAGCACCAACGAGGGGCCCGAGCUGGACCACAUCAACCCAGCCCACACCAUCAGUGCAGCCCUCUGUUUUGCUACCCAACUCAUCAACAUCCUCUCUCACAUCCUGGAUGUCAAUCUGCCCAAGAAGUUAUGUAACAGUGAGUUCUGUGGUGACAGCCUGAGCAGGUACAGGUUCACCCGGGCUGUCACCAAGCUCAACACCAACAUCCUUCACCUCUGCUUCUCACAGCAUGUUGAGAGUGAGCUGCUGCACCCUCACCACACCCUGAGGAACAUCAUGUUCCUUGUCUCUCCUGACAACAAAAACCUGGGCAGGACGGGUCCGUACGAGGUGACUGCUGACCUGGAGGACUCCAUGGAGUUUGUAGAGCCGGAGGCGGCCGGCCCGGCAGAGGAAAGCGGGGAUGAGAUGGUGACGGAUGAGGAGACAGACCUGGGGACAGACUGGGAAACGGUCCCCAGCCCGCGCUUCUGUGACAUCCCCUCCCAACCCAUGGACCUGUCCCAGAGCACGGCCAUGCAGGUGUCUCAGCCCGUGGGCCAGGCCGUGGGCAUGAUCUCCUCAGCAGCAGCAUCCGUCACCUCCUGGUUUCGGGCCUACACCGGCCAGCGCUGAGGAAGCCUGGGGACUCACUGGCCAGGGUCGUAUAUAUUAGAGCACACUAGAAAAACGUUUUGCAACGUAGAAUAAAAAGUUUUUUUUUUUUAUUGAACAAGUUCAGGUAGUGUUUCAGUCCGUUUGGUGUCUAAUGAAUGCACCCCAGGACUGGCUGGAGCUAUGCAGCACUGCCACCGACCAACACAGAGACUGUUCUGUUCUGGCCUAUGCCUGUAGUCAGCCUGCAGUCCUGGUCCACUACCACCAAGAAGGGAUAUUUGUUUUUACUAAAUUGCAUGACUGAAUCCCUGUGGGAGGAAGGGGAAUGUAUCACUCACUUUCUUAUGGAGGAGAAUGUUGUCAUUGACAACAGUGAUUUUUCUGGUAAAAAUGGUUAUAGUGCGAAAGACUGUCGCUUGGGACGGGUGUUAUUCAAAGAGUAGUCUCUCACAACUCUCGGCCAUCUGCACACUCCAUCCCAGUUGUUGUGAGAAGACAAUUUAAAGAGAGACUGGAGCUUCUGUUGCUUUCCCAUGUACCCAUUCAUAUUUUCGGUUCUUAAUGUUUCUUUACUACAUCCCAAAUGGUACCUCAUGCCUUAUAUAGUGCACAACGUUUGACCAGAGCCCUAUGGGCCUUGGUCAAAAGCAGUGCACUACAUAGGGACUAGGGUGCCAUUUGGGACAGAACCUUCCUUCCUGCUGCAUUACAACAAAAUGGUUUGUGUAAGGAUUGUGUUUUGAAGACUGACAAAUGCCAAACAAGGGGCAUGACCUUAGUUAUUCUCACUAAAUGAUGGCAUGGCACUUUCUUUGUUUUACUUCAAAUGCUGUUUACUUACCAGGUGUGUGUGUGUGUGUGUGUGUGUGUGUGUGUGGUGGUGGUGGUGAUGGGGGGGACACACAAACUUGACUGCAGCAGUUCAAUGUUGGGGAGAGAGAUGAACUAGUGGCAUUUGUUUUCCUCAGAAGGGUAGAUUUAUACUAUUUAUAGUAACGUCGGUGCCUAAAACCUCAUUGGUGUGUUUUGUGGGUCUUUAUACAGGUGAUUCGAACAGUGACAUAGGUGGCUUAAAUGAUAGGAUAGGACACAAUACAGUUGUGGUCUGAAGUUCACAUACACCUUAGCCAAAUACAUUUAAACUCAGUUUUCACAAUUCCUGACAUUUAAUCCUAGUAAAAAUUCCCUGUCUUACGUCAGUUAGGAUCACCACUUUAUUUUAAGAAUGUGAAAUGUCUGAAUAAUAGUAGAGAGAAUGAUUUAUUUCAGCUUUUAUUUCUUUCAUCACAUCCCCAGUGGGUCAGAAGUGUACAUACACUCAAUUAGUAUUUGGUAGCAUUGCCUUUAAAUUGUUUAACUUGGGUCAAACGUUUCACGGUAGCUUUCCACAAGCUUCGCACAAUAAGUUGGGAUAAUUUUGGCUCAUUCCUCCUGACCGAGCUAGUGUAACUGAGUCAGGUUUGUAGGCCUCCUUGCUCGCACAUGCUUUUUCAGUUCUGCCCACCAAUUUUCUAUAGGAUUGAGGUCAGGGCUUUGUGAUGGCCACUCCAAUACCUUGAUUUUGUUGUCCUUUGAAGUAUGCUUGGGGUCAUUGUCCAUUUGGAAGACCCAUUUGUGACCAAGCUUUAACUUCCUGACUGAUGUCUUGAGAUGUUGCUUCAAUAUAUCCACGUAAUUUUCUUUCCUCAUGAUGCCAUCUAUUUUGUGAUGUGGACCAGUCCCUCCUGCAGAAAAUCACCCCACAACAUGAUGCUGCCACCCCCGUGCUUCACGGUUGGGAUGGUGUUCUUCGGCUUGCAUACAUCCCCCUUUUUCCUCCAAACAUAACGAUGGUCAUUAUGGCCCAACAGUUCUAUUUUUUUGUUUCAUCAGACCAAAGGACAUUUCUCCAAAAAGUACGGUCUUUGUCCCCAUGUGCAGUUACAAACCGUAGUCUGGCUUUUUUUUAUGGAGGUUUUGGAGAAGUGGCUUCUCCUUGCUGAGCGGCCUUUCAGGUUAUGUCGAUAUAUGACUCGUUUUACUGUGGAUAUAGAUACUUUUGUACCUGUUUCCUCCAGCAUCUUCACAAGGUCCUUUGCUGUUCUGGGAUUGAUUUGCACUUUUUGCACCAAAGUACGCUCAUCUCUAGGAGACAGAACGCGUCUCCUUCCUGAGCGGUAUGACGGCUGUGUGGUCCCAUGGUGUUUAUACUUGCAUACUAUUGUUUGUACAGAUGAACGUGGUACCUUCAGGCGUUUGGAAAUUGCUCCCAAGGAUGAACCAGACUUGUGGAGGUUUACAUUUCUUUUUCUGAGGUCUUGGCUGAUUUCUUUUAGAUUUUUUUUUUUUUUUUCAUGCCUUGAAAUACAUCCACAGGUACACCUCCAAUUGACUCGGGCUAAUUAACAUCAUAUAUCAGAAGCUUCUAAAGCCAUGACAUAAUUUUCUGGAAUGUUCCAAGCUGUUUAAAGGCACAGUCAACUUAGUGUAUGUAAACUUCUGACCCACUGGAAUUGUGAUGCAGUGAAUUAUAAGUGAAAAAAUCUGUCUGAACAAUUGUUGGAAAAAUCACUUGUGUCAUGCACAAAGGAGAUGUCCUAACCAACUUGCCAAAACUAUAGUUUGUUAACAAGAAAUUUGUGGAGUGGUUGGAAAACAAGUUUUAUUGACUCUAACCUAAGUGUAUGUAAACUUCCGACUUCAAUUGUACAUCUUUGGCUUACUUCAUAAGAUGUUAGUUUAUUUUUCUUAUUCAGGGCUUGGUAGAACUUAAUUUUGAAAUGACUGGUAAUGCAGAUUAAGCAAUUUACCACUGUCACAAUAAGCAAUACUUCACAUGACAAAAAUGAAGACCCCUGUAAUGACCUUUAUAACUUGUACCUGCUAGUGACAAAAUAGGUUGUUUAAAAAAAUUAAAAUUAAAAAAGGAUUAAUAAAUGUGUUGCCAUAAAAGUCUUAUUUGAACCAUUUAAGAAAGAAGUGUCACUGUCAAGUGUAUUAUACAACCAUGUUCAGAUGGAAUCUAAUGGGUGUGUGUUGUCUGCACUGCAAACCCCAAACUAUUUACUGGUAUAUUCUAACUAACUGCUUCACAGAAAAACAGGUUCCACAGUUGACUCAAAGGCUGCUUUUACACAGGCAGCCCAAUUCUGAUCUGUUUUUUUUUUCUCUUCAUUUUCUCACAAUCAGUGUAGCUCUGAAAAGUAUUUUGAUUGGUCAAAAUCCCAAUUAGUAGAAAAAAUAUCAGAAUUGGGAUUCCUGUGUAAACGCAGCCAAAAUAACCUUAGCUUUCUGGUAAAUAACACUAGCUUUGUUGACUUCUAACCCCUUUGAAACAGUGUUUGUGCUACGGACUUCUGCGCUGUACCAUUAGAUUAGUCUAUUUCUUUUGCAUCCGUAGAUACCAACAAUUAGUCUGUGAUUAACGGGGGCUGAGCAAGAGCAGUGUUUGUGAGACAAGGGCGAGUCCCGAAGGGGUCCGGGUCUUUUAUAUAAAAACGUCUGUAGCAGUGGUUACCAACAUUUAUCACCAAACUUAAAAAUAACGAUAAAGCCCGACGUUCCUAUUUUGUAUAUUUGUUUCGCGCUGUUGGCAUAGGUGCUCUUGAUUCAGCAGCCCUAGUGCCGGGAAGGCAGUGUUCCCAUUUUGAACCAUUUCAUGUGUCUGAAGAUAGAACUCCGCCUACACCCCCAGAGAGGUAAAUCAAGUGCACCUAUUAUUUAUUUACUUAUAGGGGAUAAUGCACAUUAAUCAACAUCAAUAAUGCAACAGGCAUGUAAAUGUGCCGGGGUUAGCCAAAGCUCAUUUGCACCCGUAGUCCCUGGGCAGGUAAGGGACUUUACACAGCCACUACACAAAUACUCACACAAACAAUACAAAAUACAUCACAUCCAAUAAUAUAUUAGUCUAACAACAAUAACACUAUCUAUCAUCAACUGUUGUCUUACAUAUGAGGAACCACAGAUAACUCAUGUGUACAGGUUUGGAUAGAUUUGAGCCAUGUUUUCAAUUUAAAUUAAAAAAUACAAUAAUCAGUGCAGCUUCUCAAGUCCAUGGGCAUUGCAUUCCAGUAUAUUGUAGCUCUAACAGAGAAGGCAGAUUGACCAAUUUUACAACAAUCCCCUCUAGUUACUGCCCUUGUUAUCCUGGAGGGGCUUUCCUUGAGCAUGAUAUUCCAGUAUAGGGGUGGAGGGGCAAGACCAUGCAUGAUCUUAAAGACAAGUCUUGCAUCUAUACUGCUUAAAGCUAUCCAGACUAAAUAAAUGAUGUUUGUAAAGGAUAUGACAAUGGUGGUAACUGUUUGGUUUGUUAUCAAACAUCUUAAGUGUUUGUAGAGUGAUUAAAUUGGUUUCAGAAUAGUAGCUCCUGCUUGUGACCAGCAUGUGAGGCAAUAUCUCAGAUGUCAGAAGAUCAUAGCAUGCCUAUAUAGUUUGGCGGCCUCCAGAGGAAGCUCUUAUAAACCUAAAGUUGGAUAAUCCAAACUUAACCGUCUUAACCACCUUCACAUGUUUCUUAAAUGUCAAGUUGGAGUCUAAAAUGACAUCAAGAUACCUGAAGUUAGACACAACUUUCAGAUUCUCCCCAUUAACAAGAGCAGCUCGUUGGGAAGAAUCAUUGGAUUUCUUAGAGAAGUACAUAGUCAUAUUUAAAUGCAGGCAAUAAUUAGUCAUCCAUUUAGAAACAUGUACCAUAGCUUCAGUUAACUUGUUUACAACUAGAUGUCUAUUUUUGAGUGUACAUACUGUAUCGUCUGCAUACAUCUGCAUGUUAACUUGUGGGCAAGCAAGUGGGAGAUCAUUUAUAUAGAUGGUAAACAUAAGGGGGCCUAAUAUUGACCCUUGUGGGACCCCAAUGUUAUAGUAAAGAGAGUCCGGCUGAGUGUUCCCCAGACAAACCCUUUUGACUUCUGUUUGUUAGAUAUACAUCCAACUAAUAACUUCAGUGGACACAUUAAGGGAGGAUAGUUUGGAUAGGAGGACCUCAUGAUUCACAGUAUCAAAGGCCUUUUUAAGAUCCAAAAAGACCGACUUCACCACCUAUGUCCAGUUUAGAUUGAAUUGGUUAGUUCUGAAUCCAAAUUGCAUUUGAUGUAUGGAGUUACCCCGAAUGAGGUGAUCAGUCAGAUGAUCAGCCACCCAUCUUUCAGCUACUUUUGAUAGCACUGGAAGAAUGCUUAUAGGUUGGACAUUUUCCACCAGUAUUGGGUCACCAGAUUUUAAAACGGGUAUCGCUGCAGCAAACUUUCAAGCAUUGGGGAAGAGCCCAUAUUUGAUGGACAGACUAACUAGAUGUACAAUAGGGGCAAUCAGAGAAUAUUUGUGUCUCUUCAGGAAUACAGUGUCUAGAUCAAAUAUUUAGUUCUAGAGCUCUUGAAGAAGCUAGUAAUACUCAGCUGACGCUGAGAUUUCAGGAAUUCUGAAUAUUGGUUUAUUAUUAUCUAUGGGAGUGAGAACUGUGGAUUUGGUUGAAAAUAUCUGAGCCAGUUCUUUGACAAUCAGCAAAAAAGGUGGUGGAUAUGAAAUCGGAGUCUUGAAUUAGAAUCCCAUUAACCUUUAAUUCAGGAUGUUUUAUUCUCUCCCUGUUGGUUUGUUGAGAUUUUCCCAAACCACUUUGCCAUUUCGUUUUGCUUCAUUGAUCACACUAAGAAAGAAUUAUGUGUUUGCUUUUUAAAAAAAAUAUUCCUUACCACCUUAUCUCUCUUUAAUGCUUUUUUUCAAGGAAAGGUCCCGUUCUCUCAUCUGCCUCCAGAGGUCCUCGUUGAGCCAUGGUAGACAGGUUUUCCAUCUUGGCUAACGUUUAAAUUUUCUAGUAAAAGAGGUAUCCACUUUGUCAAUAGCUUACAGAAAUGUUCUGUAUCCAGACUCUGGGUCUUUAUUGCUUAACAGAUCAGAACAGUCCAUUUGACUCAUCUUAUUUACUCUGCUCAUUUUUCAGGAUUUUUUUUUAUCGUACUUUUGCACAUGAAUAUGUUGCCUAAAUCUCUUUUUAGUGAGCUUUCUAACCACCAAUGUAACAUUGUGGUCAGAUAUACCAACCAGUUAGUCAGUUAGUGGACUUAAUUAUUUGAUCAGGUCUGUUAGUAAACACCAGAUCAAUUUGAGUCUGGGAUGACUGUGUUACCCUGGUUGGACCUUGUAUUGUUGGAGUCCGGUUGAAAUAAUCUGUGAUCUCUUGAGUUUUUUUCCUGCAAGUUUUGUUUCCCCAGUUUAUAUUGAAAUCGCCUUAUGAUCACAUUCUUUAAGCAUGGCAUUUAAAAUGUCCAUAAAACAAGAUAUCAGAUGUCGGUGGUCGAUAUAAUCCAAUAAUAGUGAGAUACAUGAGGGGAGAGGAAUACAUUCAGCUCCAUAUAUUCAAGGUCAUUGGAAUGUUUGCAUGUGAUAACUUUAAAUGCAAUUGUCUUUCAUGUACAUAAGCAAUCCACACGCUCUGCCCUGUCCCCCCUGAAUUCCUGAAUAUAGAAUAUCCAGGGAGGGACAUUAAAGGCAGAGAUUUUUUUUCAGCCAAUCUCAGAAGAAAAUAAAUAGAUUUGAGUCAUUCGAUAAAUGUUCUACCUGUUCACGUUUAGAAAUAAUGCUAUGAAUAUUCAGAUGACUUCCCAAUAUUCCUCUAGGCUUGGAACGAGUGUCCCAGAGCGUUUUAGCCUGAUUAACAGUUUGAAAAAGUUAUGGUUUUCUAAUAACUGGGUUAAGGGAACUGAGUUUCCGUCUCGAAGGGGGGUUUUGUUUGGGACGUGUAUCAAGAGUUGGCAUUACAUUUUCUGCAGAUUUCUCAUUCUCUUGAAAAGCCAUGUUAGUGUAAGUAAUACAACAAAUUCUCUCUUACCAGUGUGAUCAUAUACCUACAUAUUUUCAAAUAUAAUUGGCAGGGAAAUUCAAGCCUAGCCAAGAGUACCACAGAAUGAGUCAUAACUAUAAGUCAAGGGGUCUGAAUACUUUCCGAAUGCACUGUAGGAUUUCCUUUAUUUAGUACUUUGUUGAUGCACCUUUGGCAGCGAUUACAGCCUUGAGUCUUGUUGGGUAUGACGCUACAAGCUUGGCACAUCUGUAUUUGGGGAGUUUCUCCCAUUCUUCUCCGCAGAUCCUCUUAAACUCUCAAGUUGGAUGGGGAGUGUCGCUACACAGCUAUUUUCAGGUCUCUCCAGAGAUGUUUGAUCGGGUUCAAGUCUGGGCUCUGGCUGGACAUUGAGACAUGUCCCCGAAGCCUCUCCUGCGUUGUCCUGUUGGAAGGUGAACAUUCGCCCCAAUCUGAGGUCCUGAGCACUCUGGAGCAGGUUUUAAUCAAGAAUCUCUCUGUACUUUGUGCCAUUCAUCUUUUCGUCGAUCCUUACUAGUCUCCCCAUUCCUUCCGCUGAAAAACAUCCCCACAGCAUGCUGCCACCACCAUGCUUCAGGCCAAAGAGUUCAAUCUUGGUUUCCCUCAGACCAGAGGAUCUCGUUUCUCAUGGUCUGAGUCCUUUAGGUGCCUUUUGGCAAACUCCAAGCGGGCUGUCAUGUACCUUUUACUGAGGAGUGGCUUCCGUCUGGCCACUAUACCAUGAUUGGUGGCAUGCUGCAGAGAUCGUUGUCCCUCUGGAAGGUUCUCUCAUCUGCACAGAGGAGCUCCGUCAGAGUUUAUAUAUACACACACACAGGUUUGUGCCUUUCCAAAGCAUGUCCAAUCAAGUUGUAGAAAGAGCUCAAAGAUGAUCAAUGGAAACAGGUAAAGGAAAGGGGGAUGAUACAUUGGAGCUCAAUUGAGUCUCAUAGCAAAGUGUCUGAAUAAUAAAUGUGUUAUUUUUUCUAAAAACCUGUUCGCUUUGUCAUUAUGGGAUAUUGUGUGUAAAUUGAGGGGGAUUUUUUUUUUUAUCACUUAAAGCUGUAACGUAGCAAAAUGAAUGUCAAUACUGUACUUUUUGAAUGCACUGUAGUCUCCAAUACCUUAAGCAGUUGUCACUGACUAGUUGGAUAUUAAUUUCCCUGAGAACAACUUCUGUACUUAAAGCAUUCAUAUUAAACUCAUGAAUGUAACUUUGUCAAA